CAACCUCUCAAAGGAAUAGAUUAGUAUAAGAGGAUAUAAUCAGUAAUGAACAAUCUGUAAAUGUGUUCGUGUUCAACGCCUCUUGUUCUCCCUCCCAUCGAUCAGAUAUAAUUGACCGGAAUAGGAGGUAGGAGCAGAUCUGGAGAAUCACAUUCUCCUCUUCAUGGCUUCGUGAUCCUGUUGAAAAUUCAGUUGCUCGAUGAAAUCCCUCCUCUAAUUUUGAGCUAAUUUGAGUUAUUUGAUCUUCUACUUUGGAUUAAAGAUGGUUUUUUGGGAAGGAUAUGUGAGCGACGAAGCUAUGGGUACUUUUGCCCCAAUUGUGGUGUACUGGUUAUAUGCCGGAUUUUAUCAGUUGCUGCCGCCUUUGGAUAGGUACCGCUUACAUACCAGAAAAGAGGAGGAGGAGAAAAAUUUGGUGCCGCUUGCCAUGGUGGUUAAGGGUGUUUUGCUUCAACAGCUUGUUCAGGCCACAGUUGCUCAUGUUCUUUUCUUGUUGACCUCGACAGCAGAUGUUUCAGGGGUCACAUUCCAGCCAUCCAUUCCCUUCCAAAUUGUGCAGAUCAUUCUUGCAAUGCUUGUCAUGGACACAUGGCAGUACUUUGUGCACCGCUAUAUGCAUCAGAACACAUUCCUUUAUCGCCAUAUCCACUCGCAGCAUCAUCGGCUGGUGGUACCUUAUGCAAUCGGCGCCCUCUACAAUCACCCACUUGAGGGUCUCUUGCUUGACACACUUGGUGGGGCCCUCUCUUUUCUAGUCUCAGGAAUGACUGCAAGAACAGCGGUUAUUUUCUUCUGCUUUGCAGUGGUUAAAACUGUUGAUGAUCACUGUGGACUUUGGUUGCCUGGCAACAUCUUCCACUUAUUCUUCAAGAACAACACUGCUUACCAUGACAUCCAUCAUCAACUACAAGGGACAAAGUAUAACUAUUCUCAGCCAUUCUUCUCCAUAUGGGACAGACUUCUCGGGACACACAUGCCCUACAAUCUUGUGAAGCGACCUGAAGGGGGUUAUGAGGCAAGGAUAAAGAAAGAUUAGUGCAUCAUGAUAUUUAUGUCUUGUGUAUUAUCCGUCGCUCACAGCUUAACACCUUAAUGCUUUUCCGGACAUGGUUGACCCGUACUUGGGAAGAUGGAUUAAAUUUGUUUUGGUUUUCAGGCUUUCAAUCCUAGGCUUCUCACAGGAACUCAUUUGGCAGUUCAUCCUUUGUGUAGUUUCUUGAGGAGGUAUUCCACGCCAUUGUUUAGAGUAAUUCACCUGCCAUAUCGAUUGUAAUUGUGCUGUUCUAGACUGUUAAUAAUGUAGCAUAUUUAUCUCACGUAUUUCAUAUGUAGAUCAUUGUUUGUGAAGAGAUUGUAAUGAGGUUAUAUUAGAAUCUCACUUUUAUUUUACUAUAUUUGAAACUGCUGCUGGAUGCUUCUUUCACCUUA